CCUCUUUCUAAUUAAAACUCCAAGCCAAGCGAAGACCCAGGGGAAAACGUUCUGCAACUCCCCCGAUGCAUAUACAUGUGCUAAGAGAUAAAAGAAGAAAAAGGAUAAUUUUGACAUGCGAAAGAGACCUCAUUCAGGGAGGGUAAAAUAGGCCAGGUCACUCUUUGUUCCAGAGAAAGACUAGCCACUUGGGGAAGGUGCACUUCCAAAUUCGCAGACAGAAACCCCUCCUGCAGGCUGGUUAAAUGUGUCGGUUGGUACCGUGGCGCUCUUGAGGUUGUCCUUGACUCUUGCGCACAUGGUUCGAGUACGUGAGCAUGCUGGUCAUCCUCCUGAACUGCGUGACCCUGGGAAUGUUCCAGCCUUGUGAGGACCUCAAGUGCAAGUCCGAUUGGUGCACCAUCCUGCAGGCGUUUGAUGACUGCAUUUUUGCUUUCUUCGCCGUGGAGAUGGUCAUCAAAAUGUUGGCUUUAGGAAUUUUUGGGUCAAAGUGUUACCUGGGCGACACAUGGAAUCGGCUGGAUUUCUUCAUUGUCAUGGCAGGGAUGCUGGAGUACUCGCUGGAGGGCCACAACGCCAGCCUAUCAGCAAUCCGCACUGUGCGUGUGCUCCGCCCCCUCCGCGCCAUCAACAGAGUCCCCAGUAUGAGAAUCCUGGUGACGCUGCUGUUGGACACCCUGCCGAUGCUGGGCAACGUCCUGCUCCUCUGUUUCUUCGUCUUCUUCAUCUUCGGCAUCGUGGGGGUACAGCUGUGGGCCGGGCUCCUGAGGAACAGGUGCUUCUUACAGGACGAUUUGAAGACGAGGUACAACCUGUCUGAACUGAGCCCGUACUACCGGCAGGAGGAGGGCGAGGAUAACCCCUUCAUCUGCUCUUCCGCUCGCGACAACGGCAUGCUGCGCUGCCACAGCCUGCCCCCCGUCAAGGGGGGCGGGGCCGAGUGCGCCCUCCCCUUCACCCCCCAGAACCUGGACCUGUACGGCCUGGAUGGGGCCGGCCGGAACCGCUGCAUCAACUGGAACCAGUAUUACAGCAUGUGCCGGCCGGGGGACCACAACCCGCACAAGGGGGCCGUCAACUUCGACAACAUCGGAUACGCCUGGAUCGCCAUUUUCCAGGUCAUAACCCUGGAAGGAUGGGUGGACAUCAUGUACUAUGUAAUGGAUGCGCAUUCCUUCUACAACUUCAUAUAUUUUAUAUUGCUCAUAAUAGUGGGCUCCUUCUUCAUGAUAAACCUGUGCCUGGUCGUGAUCGCGACCCAGUUCUCCGAGACCAAGCAGCGGGAGAACCAGCUGAUGCAGGAGCAGCGGGCGCGGUACCGGUCCAACGACAGCACGCUGGCCAGCUUCUCGGAGCCGGGCAGCUGCUACGAGGAGAUGCUGCGCUACAUCGGGCACCUGUACCGCAAGGUGAAGCGCCGCCUGCUCCGCCUCUACAGCGGCUGGCAGAGCAAGCGCAGGAAGAAAGUCAACCCCAACGGCGAGGGCGGAGGGGGCGGGGCCUGGGGAGGGGGCGGGGGCGGGGGCGUGAACGGGCACGGCCGGCCGCGCAGCAAGAGGAGGCGGAUCCAGUCCAUCCACCACCUGAUACACCACCACCACCACCACCACCACCAUCACCAUCACCACCAUCACCUUAGCAACGGCACCCCCGGCGGCGGCGAGACGGUCGACAUGGUGGAGAUGAAGCCCCUGAGGGCCCUUCCUGAGCUCAGGCUGCCGUCCCAGCCGGACGACCCCCUGGCCCCGCCGCUGGGGGCGGAGUCCGUUUCCGGAGCGCCGGAGGAUGAGGGCCCCCUGCAGCUCCCCGAGGGCAAGACCUCGCCUUCAGGAGCUCCAGAGAACAUACAGGUUCUGGGGAGGCUCAACGGGGGCAUGAACUACCCCACCAUCCGGCCCUCUCUCAUCGGCCCCCCUGCUGCCAGCAGCCCCAGAGCCAGGGGCAGGAGGGUGGGCAACCACUCGAUGAGCCUGGCCCUGAGCAUCCCAGACCCCUACGACAAGCUCAGCCAGUUCGUGGGGGAUUAUGGUGUGUCUCGGGACGCCGGCCGGUUCAGCCUGCCCAUGGAGGGCAUGGCGGGGUUGGCGGGCGACCUGCUGAGCUGCCCGUACUGCGCGCAGGCCCUGGAGAACCCCGACCUGGAGCUCAGCGACUCGGACAGCGGCGGCUCGGGGGCCGACGGGAUAUACGAGUUCACCCAGGACCGCUGCCACGGCAACGAGGGCCGGCCCGGCCGGUCGCGCAGCCAGCGGCGCAGGGCCCGCGCGCGGGACAGGAACUGCGUGGCCCUCUGCUGGGAGGUCUUCCGCCGGAAGCUGAAGCGGAUCGUGGAGAGCAAGUACUUCAACCGCGGGAUCAUGAUCGCCAUCCUCAUCAACACCCUGAGCAUGGGCAUCGAGUACCACCAGCAGCCCGAGGAGCUGACAGACAUCCUGGAGAUCAGCAACAUCGUCUUCACCAGCAUGUUUGCCCUGGAGAUGCUGCUGAAGCUGCUGGCCUUUGGGCUGCUCGGCUACAUCAAAAACCCCUACAACAUCUUCGACGGGAUCAUCGUGGUCAUCAGCGUGUGGGAGAUCAUCGGGCAGUCUGACGGGGGCCUGUCGGUGCUCAGAACGUUCCGGCUGCUGCGCGUGCUGAAGCUGGUGCGCUUCCUCCCCGCGCUGCGCCGCCAGCUGGUGGUGCUGAUGAAGACCAUGGACAACGUGGCCACCUUCUGCAUGCUUCUGAUGCUCUUCAUCUUCAUCUUCAGCAUUCUUGGAAUGCAUCUGUUUGGGUGCAAGUUUAGCCUGAAGACGGAGAGCGGAGACACACUUCCAGACAGGAAGAAUUUCGACUCCUUGCUGUGGGCGAUAGUCACUGUGUUUCAGAUUCUGACUCAGGAGGACUGGAACAUGGUUCUGUAUAAUGGCAUGGCCUCCACCUCCCCUUGGGCUGCUCUGUACUUUGUGGCCUUGAUGACCUUUGGGAACUACGUCCUGUUCAACCUGCUGGUGGCCAUCCUGGUGGAAGGUUUCCAAGCAGAGGGAGAUGCAAGCAGGUCCGACACGGACGAGGAGAAAACUUCAACAAAUUUUGAAGAGGAGGAGAAAAUAAGGGAGAUUCGAGCCUCAGAGUUGAAGAUGUACGCAUUGAUGUUGACAGCCAAUGGGUACACUGAUCCCCGGGCCAGCGUGGCCCCGCCCAUCAUCAUGCGCACAGCCGCCACGCCCAUGCCCACGCCCAAGAGCUCCCUGGGCACGGACUCGGUCCACGCCUUUGUCGAGUCACGCCGCGGGAGCAACGCGUCCAUCGACCCCGCCUUCGACCAGAAGUCCCUGUGCAGCCUGCGGAGCGCCCCCGGUGGGCCCCGGGGCCCGGGCAGCAACUGGGGCAGCCGGCGCUCCAGCUGGAAUGGCCUGAGCCGCGCCCCGAGCCUCAAACGCAAGGACCCGUCCGGCGAGCGCGAGUCGCUGCUGUCGGGCGAUGGGCAGGGCAGCUCGGAGGACGACAGCUCGGAAGGCGGGAUGUCCAGCGUGGGGGGCAGCGUCGCCGGGACCCCCCUGCAACGCCGCGCCAGGUCCCCGGAGCCCCCCGAACCCCUGCAGGUCCCCACGCCACGCCGCGACUGCAACGGCCGCACCCAGCACCCGCCCUCGCACCCUGACCACUGGAAGGACGAGCACGACUACGAGGAGGACAUAGACGACACCGUUUGUAUACGAAUCCGGAAGUCGCUGGAGACCCAUAAGCCCCAGUUCUGCCGGCAGCGUGAGGACUGGUCCCUGUACCUGUUCUCCCCACAGAACCAGUUUCGCGUUGCCUCCCAGAGGGUCAUCGCUCACAAGAUGUUUGAUCACAUAGUGCUGGUGUUCAUCUUCCUCAACUGCAUCACCAUUGCACUGGAGAGGCCAGACAUCCUCCCGCACAGCACGGAGCGUGUGUUUCUCAGCGUCUCAAAUUACAUCUUCACCGUGAUCUUUGUAGCAGAGAUGACAAUGAAGGUGGUGGCGCACGGCUUCUAUUGGGGGACGGACAGCUUCCUCCAGAGCAGCUGGAACAUCCUGGACGGCGUGCUGGUCUUCGUCUCCCUGGUGGACAUCCUGGUGUCCGUGGCCUCGGCCGGCGGGAACCGGAUUCUGGGAAUCCUGCGGGUUCUGCGUCUGCUGAGGACCCUGCGGCCUUUGAGGGUGAUCAGUCGAGCCCCAGGCCUGAAGCUGGUGGUGGAGACACUGAUCACGUCACUUCGACCGAUCGGCAACAUCGUUCUCAUCUGCUGUGCGUUCUUCAUCGUCUUCGGCAUCCUCGGGGUGCAGCUGUUCAAGGGGAAGUUUUAUCACUGUGAAGGACAUGACUUGAGGAACGUCACCAACAAGUCCGACUGCCUGCUGGCCAACUACCGCUGGAUCAGAAGGAAAUACAACUUUGACAACCUUGGACAGGCGCUCAUGGCCCUGUUCGUUCUCUCGUCCAAGGACGGAUGGGUGAACAUCAUGUACGACGGCCUGGACGCGGUGGCAGUGGACCAGCAGCCGGUGCGGAACCACAACCCCUGGAUGCUGCUCUACUUCAUCUCCUUCCUGCUGAUCGUCAGCUUCUUCGUGCUCAACAUGUUCGUGGGCGUGGUGGUGGAGAACUUCCACAAGUGCCGGCAGCACCAGGAGGAGGAAGAGGCGCGUCUGCGCGAGGAGAAGCGUCUGAAGAGGCUGGAGAAAAGGCGCAGGAAAGCUCAACAGCGGCCCUACUAUGCGGACUACUCCCCCGCCCGCCUCUAUAUCCACACACUGUGCACCAACCACUACCUGGACCUCUUCAUUACCUUCAUCAUCGCCAUCAAUGUGGUCACCAUGUCCAUGGAGCACUACAGCCAGCCCCAGUACCUUGAAGAGGCUCUGAAAUACUGCAACUAUGGCUUCACCAUCACAUUUAUCCUUGAAGCUCUGCUCAAGCUGGUUGCUUUCGGCUUUACCAGGUUCUUGAAAGACAGGUGGAACCAGCUGGACUUGGCCAUUGUGGGGCUUUCCAUCAUGGGGAUCACGCUGGAGGAGAUCGAGAGCAGCGCCGCCCUGCCCAUCAACCCCACCAUCAUCCGCAUCAUGAGGGUGUUGCGCAUCGCCCGAGUACUGAAGCUGUUGAAAAUGGCUACAGGGAUGCGGUCUCUGCUGGACACAGUGAUGCAAGCCUUGCCGCAGGUUGGGAAUUUGGGUCUACUCUUCAUGUUGCUGUUCUUCAUAUACGCUGCACUGGGUGUGGAGCUUUUUGGGAAACUGGAGUGCACUGAUGAUAACCCCUGUGAGGGCCUGAGUAGACAUGCCACGUUUGAGAACUUUGGGAUGGCCUUCCUCACCCUCUUCAGAGUGUCCACAGGGGACAACUGGAACGGCAUCAUGAAGGACACAUUGCGGGAGUGCAGGCCUGAGGACAAGCACUGCCUGACCUACCUGCCCUUCAUCUCUCCGCUCUACUUCGUCACCUUCGUGCUGAUCGCCCAGUUCGUGCUGGUCAACGUGGUGGUGGCCGUGCUUAUGAAGCACCUGGAGGAGAGCAACAAGGAGGCCCGGGAGGACGCCGAAAUGGACGCCGAGAUCGAGAUGGAGAUGGAGAUGACCCGCCGGCUCAGCACCGCCUCGGUGGAGAGGAGCGCCACCUACAUGGGGCCGCACCCCGACUCACCUGGCCCGGGCGAGAGCUUGUACAGUCCGCAGGAGAACGUUCUGACUGUGGGGAAGAUGUCCGUUUCCAGGAUGCACUCGCUGCCGAAUGACAGCUAUAUGUUCCGUCCGGUGAGGCCCGCCAGCGCCCCCUACCCGCUGCCCGAGGUGGAGACCAGCCAAGGGAAGCCAUGCUCAGGCUCCAUGUCCUCAGUCCAUUCUCAGCCCUGUGUGGGAAGCUUCUUGCUGCAGGUCCCAGGGGCGUGUCCACAGGUCCAAUACUGCAACCACAGCCUGCCCAGGACCCGCCAAUCACAUCUCUGCCCCUCCUCCAGCCUCAGCAAGUCACUCUGCAGACAGGUUAAAAAUGACUCCAUUGAUGUACAAAGCUGUGACUCAAAGGAUGGCCUGGAGAGGUGGUCCAGUGACAGCCUUCAUUUGAAAGUGCCCCCAUCGGGGCAUCUGAGCCUGCCAGUGCCCCGGCUCUCUGCCCCCUGCAGCCCCCAGGGCUCUCCCCUGGUGCUCCGCCGCACCCGAGCCGCCAGCCUGCGCGUGCACAUGUACACGCAGGUGUGCACCCAGCACGGCGCCCCCUGCAGGCCGUCCGGUCCAGCCGGCGGCGGUGGCAGCAGCAGCGACAGCGACGAGGCCGACCCCGGCGGCUCCGUCUACGACCCCGCCGAUGAGGAGGUCCGCCGCAUCAACAGCUCCGCGCAGGCCUGGAGGAGGAGGCGCCAGCCCGAGGGGCGCUGCCACUCCCUCUCCCCCUACACCUCCCUGGGAGCCCCGCCCCCCGUCCCGCUCAAGAACUGCAGUAGUGCCUCCAGCCUGCUGGCCCACGGGCCCGAGGGGCCCUGCUUGGGGACCCGCCAGGCAGCUGUGUCCCCCGGGGGCCUCCUGGCCAAGCCGUCCCGCACCGACGACGCCCGCCGCCACUCCAUUGAGAUCUGCCCCGCCGUGAGGGGGCGCCCAGGCCCCGGGGAGCUGCGGAGGCGGGGGUCCUCUCCGCACGGCCGCCCGCCCCCCUCCCCCGGCUGUCUGCCCGACCACAGGAAGGUGAAGAUGAGCCCGCCCUGUAUCUCCGUGGACCCGCCUCUGGAGGCGGAGCUGUCUGCCCCGGCCCCGCCCAUCGCCGCCAGUCCGGGGAGCACCAUGCUGCUGCGCAGACGGACGCCGUCCUGCGACUCUGCCCUGCAGCGUGACUCGCUGGACCUGCAGGACCAGCAGCCCCUGAUCGAGCCCCACCCCCAGGCAGAGCACGGCCUGCCCGUCCCUCAGUUCUCCUUCGACCAAUCAGACAUCAGCUCCCUCAGCAGCAUGUCGGAGGUUCUGUCGGACAGUGACCAAUCCACGCAUUCCUCCUCCUUUGAUGCCAGGCCGGAGGGCGGCGCCAAUGUCCCGCCAAUCAAGGACCUGGAGGGCGGAGUCCGCGUCGCCAGCAGUCCUCUGAGGAAGAGGGGUCUGAUCCGCGUGGCGGGACCGACGGACGCCCAGUCCAGCGAUUCGGUGGUGUAGCCAGAGCGCCCGAGGCUGAACCCUGAAGGACUUCACGCGAGCCGCUCGGAUAGAGCUGCCUUCUGUGACCCACCGCCCCACCCCCCGACCCGAGGAGAGCGCUGAUGAACCGCACCCGACGCCGGGAUCCGUCUUGGGAUAUGCAAAUUCAGGCUUUCGGAUUGAACUCGGGGACCUCCUUCCACAGCUCAAUCACAUUGAUUUGGGUUCAGGAUGCGUGCUGGGUUGUAUUGAACUUUGAUGGAUUUUUCUUUAUUUACAUUCGAUGGGACUGUGCAUUUAGCGCAUAGAAUCUGUACAUAUUCUGUACAUCUUGUAGUGUAAAUAGAGGGCAAUAUUGUACCAGUGUAAGAAAAUGGCUGUAUUCAUAUACACAUAUUUUUAUAGAGAUCUCUAAUCUUUUGCACAUAUCAAUUUGAAUUUCAAGUUGAAUGGUGUUUGGUUGUCCUGUUGUGAAUGUACAGGUUUUUUUUUUUAUUUGUUUCAAACAGCAGUUUGACCGAUAGUAGCCUGCUGUGAUCUACUGAUACACACUGAAAUUUACUUUUAUUUUUUUACCUAGUGGAGAGCGUUGGAACCUUUAUAUAUUCCUCUGAGAACCAAACUAAAAUCCUGUGAUCUGAGUGCAAUAAUUGAAGUUCAGUUCGAAUUUAAUACAAAAACCGUUUGUGUUAAGAGGAUAAUAUGAUUCAUGUAGUUAUUGUAGAGUUGUUGAAAUUAUGACGGACAUAUUUAAAAGAACUGAUAUUAUUACAAAGUUCUUGCAUUUAUAUGAUAAAUAUUAUUCCCUUUGUCCCACUCUUAUGUAGCUAACCCUGAAAGCAGUUGUGUGUUAGUGGCUAGAGCAGUCCAUUCAUGUGCACAUAAACCCUGAAUUGAUCUGUAAUGCAGAUGUCCUUCACGUGUCUCUACACCAUUCUCAGGUUUCUCUCACAGUAGCGAGAGACAUCCUCUGUACCAUUAAUUACACUUUCCUUCUCUGAUCUCAGACGUGUCAUGUUCCAUAAGUCAUCGGGGCGCAAGGCGAGAAAUGAAAAGCUAGUUUUGUUUUAUGUUUGGCAGAAAGAGAUGUCUUUGUUUUUAAUAACACUUGAGAGUACAACUCUUCUGUAUUCAGUACAAUAGCAAUCAUUUUUAUGGAUGAGUCAUGAUGUUGGAAGGAAAACUGGUCCCUCUUUUCACCAAAGCUACUUGAUUUUGAGUUUCAGCCUUUAUAUGCUGCCUUUAGAUUGGUGACUUUUCGACAGAGGUCAGAGGUCACUGUUUUCUGUUUUAAUCAGGUCAUGUUGCACAAUACUGUACUAUUUUCUCUGUGAAGGAAAGUAAGAUGUUAAUGUUGCAUACAAACAUUAAAUAUCCCUGUUCUGCUUCUUAUGCAGCACAUAAUCAUUACAUGGCAUUAGAGUAAUUGCUUAUACAGAAGGAUUUAUUGUAUAGAAAUUGUGAAUGUGAAAUAUUUAUAAUGAAGCCGUGUGACUCUGGAUUAUGAAGAAACUGUCAAAUGACUGACUGAAUUUUGACCUACUAUACGAUGAGUAUAACCAGAGCUUUUUAUGCAGAAACACUUUAAUAGCUUGCUUUGUUAAGCUCAUCUCUUUCUUUUACAACAGAAGAUGAAGAGAUUUCUCUCGAUAUAAUGACCAUGACAAAUGUCCAUAAUAAUUUCAGUGAUAUUAUCCUAGAUGAAUAUACAGAAGAAGCAAUGGGGAAACAUUAUGAUUAAAAUGCAUUUUUCUCCACGUGAAGCAGUUAUUUAUUGAUUAAGGUUAUUAUCGAUUAAAAGUUUGUCCUGGGUGAGCCAGCUGAACUAGGUUGUCUGAACUGGUUUUUUCAAAAGCUUUAGAACAAGAUCUCUUGGGGCCUGGAGCAUGACGACAUACCCAGAGGCUUGGAGAUUUGUGCAUAAAUACUGUAUGCUGAUGGCUAGCCACAGAAGCUAGCCACAGCUGCCUCUUAUUGCUUUCAGAACACACUGCAUGAUCAAUAUGUGAUUUUAUGAACUCACCGCAUGCCUUGGUGGUCUUCUCUAUGGUCUCAGGAACACUUGAAAAAGCACCAAGCAUGCUGUGGACUUGAGUAUAGCUUCAUUUUUUGUCUUUUUUUUUUUUUUUUGCAAUAGUGCUUAUGUGGCAUACGAUAAAUGGUCGGCCAUAUGUAUGGAGUAUGAAAGGAUGUGGGUUUUGAAAGGGAAGAAUGCAUUAUUGUUUUACCUAAGAAAUGGUGGGGAGAUAUCAAUCCAUAAAGAGUGAAGCUCCUGUGGUAAUUGAUGGUGGUUGUGUGUCAGGUUGUACGUUUUAUCACCGUAUACUGCAUUAUAUGGAAAGGCUAACAUGCGCAGACUGUUUGAAAUUACACUGAUCUGAAAUAAUUCUCUGUUCCUACAGCAAAAACAAUGAAACAUUUUGAACAGAAUCAAAGGAAUUUAAAAUGACAUCUUUAUGUCAAUGCUGGUUUCUGUUUGUCUCUCUUUCACACCGUCUAAUUUGUUUGACAGACCCUAAUUAUGGCUGGUUUAUAAUCAGCAUUGCUUGCAUGAAUAACUUGAGAUAAUUUAAUAACUUUUGCCACUUGAUCCACAUGAUACAUGAACCAAACAAUCAUAUGUUUUAUGUUUGAUUAUUCACUUUACACCAAUGAAUGAUAUACAUUUUUUUUCUGAUUAUAGUUACAAUAUUUGCAUUGUGUGUCUUAGUACAAACAUUACUUAUUAUGCCAGUCAUAAUUACACAAGUAAUGAUGCAUUUUUAUUAUUCUUUACUACUGUUAUUUAAAAUGCUUACUAGCUUUAAAACACAUUAUAAUGUGUCAGAACCUAUUUGGAGUUGACAGGCCCUUUUAAAAUGUCUGAUAGGACAGGCAGGCCAGUUUACUUUCGAUAAGGAUAUUCAGUGAUGCAAGGGAAGCUUGUGACUGCUGAUGCAGACUGGUGCAUUUCUAACACUGACUCCCAUACCUGAUCUCAUUGUGCAAAUCAACAUGUACAUUUUCCUGUAUUUUACCUUCAAAAUUAAAUUAUUGACUCAUUCUGAAUAUA